UAAGCUUUUGACCAAUCAUGAGACUUGUUAUGUUGAUGGUUAUGUCAUCAAUCCGCUGGCCGUCGCACAUGCGGCGACUUUCAACAUGGUGGCAAGACUAAGUUCUCCUGGAGGUGCGUUAAAAGCGGCGCAUUUUAGACAGAUUAGAGGCUGUUCUUACAUUUCAGCUUUUCAAGGCGAAGUAAAGUCAAGUGGUGAUUUACACAAGACGAAUGGCCGUGUGCAAGUACUCCACCUAAACUCAUCAGGUUCAGAUGAAAGAUCGUGGACUGGCGUAGCUUCUAAAACCUUCUUCAACGCUUACAAAUCCAAAAAUUGCCAUCAUGUCAUUAAAGAGAUCAACCUUUGGGACAAGGAUCUUUUACAGUACGAUUUAUCCCACGUAGCAAGCAAAAUGCGAAUGGUGAGUGGUGAAGAUCAACCAUAUGAUAAACAGAAUUUUGAACCAGUGGAAAGGAUGAUCAAAACUUUAUUUUCGGCGGAUAAACUAGUUGUCUCGUGUCCAAUGUGGAAUUACAGCAUUCCAUAUGUUCUAAAACAGUAUAUUGAUUGUGUUGUUCAGCCUGGGUUGACAUUUAGGGAAACAGCAACUGGCCCACGAGGCCUGCUAACUGGACGACUGUUAUUACUGAUUACCUCUUCGGGAGGUGACUAUUCUUCGGGGGAGAUGAAAAAACUUGAUUACCAGGUUCCUUACUUGAAAGAUAUCUUUGGCUUGAUCGGUUUUACUGAUGUAAGGCAUAUUUAUAUAAAAAACACAGCACACGAGAAGCAUGAUAAAUUGAUGAGACUUAUCAACUCAAGUUGCAUUGAAGAAGCUGCCAACUUUUAAAAAUGUACAUGUACAUGUAGCUCGUAAGUGCUAAGGAUAAUUUCUUCAUUUUACACUUAAGCUCUUCAAUGCUAAGGAAAGGUGUACAUGCAAACUUUUCUGAUUUCAUUAUGUCAUGAUGUGUAUGAUCAAAAGUUGAAAACCCAUUGCACAUUGCACCAUUGAGCAGAAGUUGACACAGUAAGGGUAUAGGCUCACUAGCUCUUUUGCUUGCAAGUACAAGGCCAUACCUUCCAUGACCUGAAAUGUGACAAUAAUCACCGUCAAUCAAUGGGAUACAUUGAUGAUUCUAAGCUGCUUCUUGAACUGUCUAGUUAAUUACAUCUGACCUCUCUACUUAAUUACA